UGUGAAAAAUCUUAGCCGCAGACACGGACACAGAUAGAGAGAGGGAAGAGAGAAGAGAUGGAGAUGGCGAGUUGUGCAUCGUUUUCGUCUUCAAUUGGAAUUGGAAGAGCAAUUGCAAGACCUAAUAUUACCCUUUCUUUCUCUUCAUCGUUCCCCAACUUGUUGAAUUCAGCGAGCAUAGCCGUUAAGGGUCGCAGAAGAAGAAACAAAAGCCUCACUUGCAACGCCUUGUUUGGGCUGGGCGUACCCGAGCUUGUCGUUAUCGCCGGCGUGGCUGCCCUCGUCUUUGGGCCCAAGAAGUUGCCUGAAGUCGGCCGCAGCAUCGGCAAAACUGUCAAGAGCUUCCAACAGGCAGCAAAGGAGUUUGAGUCUGAGCUGAAAAAGGAACCUGAUGCUGAUGCCAUUUCCACACAAGAGGACUUGUCUCAGAAACCUGAACAGGAGAAGCAGGACAUUGAGGUCUCUAGCACUAAGGAGACUGUAUGAGAUUUGUAUAAUAUAUGAUAUGAUGUGAUAAAGUAGAUAUCAAAUUCUCAUCCUUGACAUUAUGCAUUUGAGACAAACCAUUCUUCUCUGAUUC